CGUCUCUGCCCCUUCAAUUGCAACUGCAUCGCUUCGCAGUCCGCAAUUGUUCCAACCCCCUUGAUCCUCCCAGCAUGGACUACCCACCGAAAUACUCCGCCUGGCGUCGCAGCGGCCUCAAAGGUUCCAAAGAGAACCCUCUUACCAUCUAUCGUACCUACGACGAGACUCUCCCUCCCACCCUCAGCCCCAAUGACGUAGUCAUCAAAAUCCACGCCAUCUCGCUCAAUUACCGUGAGAUAGCUAUGAUAAUUGGGACAUACCCCAUCGGGCUCGAAGAUCAAGGCGUUCCAUGUUCAGACGCAGCAGCGGAAGUUGUCGCGACUGGAUCUGCGGUCUCUCGCUUCGCUGUUGGGGAUCGUGUUUGCCCAAUUACUGGCAUCGGGAAGCUGGCUGGAGAGAAAGUGGACGAUGGACCGAGUCUGGCUAUAGGGUCGAAUUGCCCGGGUGUGUUAAGGGAGUAUGCUGUGUUUGAUGAGCAGCAUUUAGUGAAGAUACCCGACCAUCUUUCUUGGGAAGAGGCAUCAACACUCCCUUGCGCUGGUCUCACAGCAUGGAACUCUCUUGACGGACUGCAAAACGUGCCCAAGGGUGCAUAUGCUCUGCUCCAAGGUACUGGAGGCGUGAGCAUGUUCUCGCUCAUUCUCUGCUUGUCUGCCGGUAUACGACCCAUCAUCACGUCCUCAUCAGACAAGAAGCUUGCAGCCAUCAAGAAGCUCAGCCCUGAGAUCCAAGGUCUCAACUACAAGACCAUGGCUGAUCAAGGCGCUGAAGUCCAACGUCUCACGAAGGGGCGAGGAGUUCACUUUGUCGUCAACAACACCGGCCCCAAGUCUCUUAUGGACGACAUCAGCUUCUUGUGCGCGAGAGGUGGCACCAUCUCGAUGGUUGGCUUCUUGGCGGGAUUUAAUGCUGAUUGGGCGCCGGGAGAUAUCAUGCGCCUGAUGUAUAAAGCGGCCAAAGUGAAGGGUAUCGCCGUGGGCAGCAGAAGUGACUUCGAAGACAUGAAUCGCUAUCUGGAGGAGAAGAAGGUUCAUUUUGACCCGUUGCUUGUAGAUCGGCCAUUCGAGUUCGCGAACGCCAAGGAUGCAUACGAUCGACUGGAGUCGGGAGAGUUCCAUGGGAAGAUCGUUAUCAAGAUGGAGUAGG